AUGUGCCCCCAGGAGCAGAGUUCCAAAAUCACAUGUAUCCAUUUACACGCAUCAGAAAAUGAAUCAUGGUGUAUAUAUUUUUCUCUUCCACAGGCUGCUAUAUGGCAAGCACUUAAUCAUUAUGCUUAUCGAGAUGCAGUGUUUCUGGCAGAAAGACUAUAUGCAGAAGUACAUUCAGAUGAAGCACUGUUUUUGCUGGCAACAUGUUACUACCGCUCAGGAAAGGCAUAUAAAGCAUACAGGCUCCUAAAGGGACAUAGCUGUACCACCCCACAAUGUAAAUAUCUGCUGGCAAAGUGUUGUGUCGACCUCAGCAAGUUGGCAGAAGGGGAGCAAAUCUUAUCUGGUGGAGUGUUAAAUAAACAGAAAAGCCAUGAUGAUGUUGUUACAGAGUUUGGUGACUCUGCAUGCUUUACCCUCUCAUUACUGGGACAUGUAUAUUGCAAGACAGAUCGGCUUGCCAAAGGAUCCGAAUGUUACCAAAAGAGCCUUAGUUUAAAUCCUUUCCUCUGGUCCCCUUUUGAAUCACUAUGUGAAAUAGGUGAGAAGCCAGACCCUGACCAAACAUUUAAAUUAACAUCUUUGCAGAACUUCAGCAGCUGUCUGCCCAACACUUGCACAACAUUAGUGUCUAAUCACAAUGUAUCCCACAGACAGCCUGAGACUGUCCUUAUGGAAACUCCUCAAGAUACAAUUGAAUUGAACAGACUCAACCUGGAAUCAUCCAAUUCAAAAUACUCCUCCUUGAACACAGAUUCCUCUAUGUCUUACAUUGAUUCAGCUGUAAUUUCACCAGAUGCUGUCCCUCUUGGAUCAGGACCUGCCAUAUUAUCUAAACAGGCUCAAAAUAAACCAAAAACAGGUCGGAGUUUACUGGGAGGCCCAGCUGCUCUAAGCCCAUUGACACCAAGUUUUGGAAUUUUGCCACUAGAAACCCCUAGCCCUGGAGAUGGAUCAUAUUUACAAAACUACACUAAUUCAUCUUCUGUAAUUGAUGUGCCAUCUACCGGAGCACCUUCAAAGAAGAAACUUUGUAUCAUGCAGUCUGUCACCAGGAUAAGCCAAGCUGGAACAAAGUCUGUCUUCUCACAGAGUGGAAAUAGCCGGGAAGUGACUCCAGUCCUUGUUGCACAAACACAGAGUUCUGGCCCACAGACAAGUACGACGCCUCAGGUAUUGAGCCCAACCAUUGCUGCUCCACCUAAUGCACUGCCUCGAAGAAGUUCUCGCCUAUUUACUAGUGAUAGUUCUACAACAAAGGAGAAUAGUAAAAAGUUGAAAAUGAAGUUCCCACCUAAAAUUCCAAACAGAAAGACAAAAAGUAAAACAAAUAAAGGAGGAAUAACUCAGACAAAUAUAAAUGACAGCCUGGAAAUCACCAAACUGGACUCAUCCAUCAUUUCAGAAGGGAAAAUCUCCACUGUCACACCACAGAUCCAGGCUUUCACACUACAGAAAGCAGCGGCAGAAGGUUUGAUGAGCCUUCUUCGUGACAUGGGGAAAGGUUAUUUAGCCUUGUGUUCGUACAACUGUAAAGAAGCUAUAAACAUAUUAAGCCAUUUACCUUCUCACCACUACAACACUGGCUGGGUGCUGUGCCAAAUUGGGAGAGCUUACUUUGAGCUUGCAGAAUAUAUGCAGGCUGAGAGGAUAUUCUCUGAAGUAAGAAGGAUUGAAAACUACAGAGUUGAAGGCAUGGAGAUUUACUCUACAACGCUAUGGCAUCUUCAGAAGGAUGUUGCACUUUCAGUUCUAUCAAAAGAUUUAACAGACAUGGAUAAAAAUUCACCAGAGGCAUGGUGUGCUGCAGGAAACUGUUUCAGCUUGCAACGGGAACAUGACAUUGCAAUCAAGUUCUUCCAGAGAGCCAUUCAAGUUGAUCCAAAUUAUGCGUAUGCCUACACUCUGCUGGGGCAUGAAUUUGUUUUAACAGAAGAACUAGACAAAGCAUUAGCCUGUUUUAGAAAUGCAAUCCGAGUCAAUCCUCGACAUUAUAAUGCAUGGUAUGGUUUGGGAAUGAUUUAUUACAAACAGGAGAAAUUCAGCCUAGCAGAAAUGCAUUUCCAGAAAGCCCUUGAUAUCAAUCCUCAGAGCUCAGUCUUACUCUGUCACAUCGGAGUAGUCCAGCAUGCACUGAAAAAAUCUGAAAAGGCUUUGGAUACUCUAAACAAAGCCAUUAAUAUUGAUCCGAAGAACCCACUAUGCAAAUUCCAUAGAGCCUCUGUAUUAUUUGCAAAUGAAAAAUAUAAGUCUGCUUUACAAGAACUUGAAGAACUGAAACAGAUUGUUCCCAAAGAGUCUCUUGUUUACUUCUUAAUAGGAAAGGUUUAUAAAAAAUUGGGUCAAACUCAUCUGGCCCUCAUGAAUUUCUCAUGGGCAAUGGAUUUAGAUCCCAAAGGAGCCAACAACCAGAUCAAAGAGGCUAUUGAUAAACGUUACCUUCCAGAUGAUGAGGAACCAAUAACUCAAGAAGAGCAGAUCAGCGAAUGUUAUCCAUACGAAUCAGUGUCACCUGACAGGGAGAACAGGCAUUCCUAUGGCAAUUUUGUAGCCAGCAAUGCAAGUUGGCACAGAUGAAUCCCAAGAGAGCAGCAUGACUGAUGCAGACGACACACAACUCCAUGCAGUUGAAAGUGAUGAAUUUUAACCUCCAAAAGCCAGUGUCUGAGCUUGGACUGCUACUGUUGUGUUCUCCCCUUCCUUCACGUACUGAGUCUUCACAUCACUGAGCCAGCAUUGUCAUUGUUCUCCACAGACCAUGAGAGCACCACUCAUCAGAUUUUAACCGUACACAGAAUUAAUGGCAGUGCAAUAUUCAGCUGCUACUGAGACUGACCAGUUGGCUCUUGUUCCUUUAUGAAAAUGACUAUUUGAGAAGGAAAAAGAGUUUUUUCCAACUCCUUUGUUGGAAAGCUAUCAUGAAAGAAAGACUUGUGGCUUGCUAAAAGUGAGCCAAUAGAUGUGGGAAUAGAACAAGAAAUUGCUUCCUUAGUAUUUUCUCCAGAAAUGUGUCUUAGUUUGGUUCUUUCUUGGUAAGCGGAGUGCUGAACUUCAUUUCUAAGUUCUUCAAAAACAGCAUUGAGUGCAGGCUGGGACACAUUAAAAACUUUUGCGUAUUACAGUGUAACUUAAAUGCCAGGGAAUGUAAAUGACCUUAAAACUACAGUGUCUCCAGUGAACAAACUACAGAGCACAUGCUUUGGAUUCAGAGUGUGUGUCAAAAUAUAGAAUAUCCAGUGUCCCUACUUAGUGUAAACUUGCUCUUUCCCAGAGGAGCACAUUACAGCAUAGCAGUUAUUACACAAUGCUUUAAUAUUCUAGCCAAGGGUUAAUUUAUUCCUCUAACUUCCAAAAUGUUAAUUGUCUACUUAGUACAUCAAAGAAACAAGUCAUUAGUGUGUUGCCUCUUUGGAUCUGGUUCUAAUUUUCAGCGAAUAAAAAGUUUGUUGUAAGAGCAAAAUAGAGACAGGUAGAUAAAAUUGUAAUGUUGAAAGGAUAAAAGUAAUAUAAGCCACAGUGAUAACUUGUUUCUAAGUAGAUAAAGACCCAACACAGUGUAAGCCUUAACACAAUCAGAACCUUACAGUAAGAUGUAUCAAAUAUUUGUCUAAGACCGUAUCCUUUUAAAACUAUUUUGUAAAGUAUUGUCUGAGCAGGAUGCAAAAAUGUGCAUUAUCUUAUUUUUUUAAUCCAUUCUUUAAGAUUCUUGGAGAAAAUUCUCACUCUGUCUGUAAGAAUUCAGUGACCCGGAGACUGUUUCUGUGAGAAGAAAGCAAGGCUAUAUUAAAGAAUCCAAAAUUAUCCUUCUCGGUAGCGCUCUGCAACAAAGAUUGGCGCCCUUUAUGCAGUGACCGUAAAGAAAGUGUAUGAUAUCAGUUUUUUAAAGAGCAAAUUAUGCACAAUAAAUUGGGAAUGAUUCAAAAUUCACAGCAAUGUAUUUGUUGUGAUCAGUCUUAAAAAGUGUCCUCUUCCUUUUCUUUUCAUGUAUAUUUUUAGAAGACCUUUAGUUACCAUUAGUAGAAUUUUUUUAAUUGUUUUUAAAUAUUUUUUUUUAGUGUCCUUGUCCUAGAAUAGGUACAAACAAUGUCUUGUCAUGCCUAUUGUUUGGUUGUAAGAAGCACUGACUGUUUUUUUUUUUUUAACCAUAAGGAAAAAAUAAAU